CUUCAGUUCGUCCUCAGUGCAGGACAACGUCGGCGGAGGGUGAGCCAUUUACAGUGCAGUUCGUCCUCAGUGCAGGGCAACAGCGGGCGGGACAGACUGAACUAUUCCAAUCCAAUCCAGCCCGGCCCAGUCGCAGACGGCACCGAUAUCCUGUAGCAUUAAUCACCGUUUAAGAACUACAAUGGAGACCAUUGUCCGUCGCUGUCCAUUCCUUUCACGUGUAUCCCAGACUUUUCUUCAGAAGGCUGGCAAGUCACUGAUCUACUAUGCACAACACUGUCCUGUUAUGAUGAUGAAGGCAGGGGCUAAACCUAUAACCCGGACUGUAGCCACUUCUGCUGCUCACUGUCAACAGACCAAAGAAACCACCCCGGUGAAUGAGAAACCUACAAGUUUGACUUCAGCCCCAAGUGCCCCAGCUUCUCUGCUUCCCCCUGGACACCCAGUCCCUAAUGCUGGACAGACAAUUGCUUCCAAAUGUCCAUUCCUUGCUGGUGAGAUGAGCCAUGGUAAGAGCUCUGUUGUGCGAAAGGCCAGUGUGGAGUUAUCAGAGGAUGUGCAACAGAUGCAUCCUGUGAGGAAAGAGUUACCUGUGUCAUCGGUCGACUCGACUGUUACCAACAUCCAAAAGGCAGAUGAACAAAAGGAAGCUGGCCUGCAAAAGAACCUGAAUAAUGGGGCAAAGCAAAGACCUUCAAUUUCUCACCUCAUUCAGGAUAACAUACCAAAAUCCAUUUCAGCUUUUAAAUAUGAUGGAUUCUUUGAAAAAAAGAUUGAUGAGAAGAAGAAAGAUCAUACUUACCGUGUCUUCAAAACUGUGAAUCGCCGUGCUGAUGUAUUUCCCAUGGCAGAUGACUAUUCUGAUUCUGUGAGUGUCAAGAAGGAAGUUUCUGUUUGGUGCAGCAAUGAUUACCUUGGAAUGAGCCGUCACCCACAUGUUGUGGGCUCUAUCAUGGACACCCUUCGAAGUCAUGGUGCUGGAGCUGGUGGAACCAGAAAUAUUUCUGGAACCAGCAAGUAUCACGUUGAUUUAGAAAAUGAAUUGGCUGAUCUCCAUGGCAAAGAUGCAGCACUACUGUUCUCAUCAUGCUUUGUGGCAAAUGAUUCUACCCUCUUUACACUGGCCAAAAUGCUUCCAGGAUGUGAAAUCUACUCUGAUGCCGGAAACCAUGCCUCCAUGAUACAAGGCAUACGAAACAGUGGAGUUCCGAAGUUUAUAUUUCGUCACAAUGACGUCAAUCAUCUACGAGAGCUAUUGAAGAAUUCUGACUCGGCUACUCCAAAGAUUGUAGCCUUUGAGACAGUCCAUUCAAUGGAUGGUGCGGUCUGUCCUUUGGAGGAGAUGUGUAAUGUAGCCCAUCAAUAUGGUGCAAUAACUUUUGUUGAUGAAGUCCAUGCUGUUGGCCUUUAUGGCUCUAGGGGUGGAGGAAUAGGAGAUCGAGAUGGAGUCAUGCAUAAAAUGGAUAUAAUAUCUGGAACACUGGGAAAGGCAUUCGGUUGUGUUGGCGGCUACAUAGCCAGUACUGCAUCUCUUAUAGAUACUGUACGGUCAUAUGCUGCUGGCUUCAUCUUCACUACCUCAUUGCCCCCAAUGUUGCUUUCUGGUGCUUUGCAAUCUGUCCAAUUCCUGAAAAGUGGGGAUGGUCGAGCUCUGCGCCGUAGGCACCAGCGCAAUGUUAAACACCUGCGUCAGUUACUGAUGGAUGCUGGUUUACCUGUGGUUCACUGUCCUAGUCACAUCAUUCCAGUCCGAGUUGCAGAUGCAGCUAAAAACACUCAGAUCUGUGAUGAAUUGCUAAGUAGAUAUAACAUUUACGUCCAAGCUAUCAAUUACCCCACUGUUGCACGUGGUGAGGAACUCUUGCGUAUUGCCCCAACCCCACAUCACACCCCUGAGAUGAUGAAUAACUUUGUUGAAAAACUAGUGAUAACAUGGAAGGAUGUUGGAUUGGAGUUGAAGACCCAUUCCUCAGCUGAAUGUAACUUCUGCAGAAGACCUCUACAUUUUGAGAUGAUGUGUGACCGGGAAAUAUCCUACUUCAAUGGAAUGAGCAACCUGAUAUCUGUGAAAGCCUAGAUCAAUGUGAUACAGGACUGUCUUUGUAUGAGAACUUAAAUUUAGACCAUAUAAUGUAUGUUUUUACAAAAAUUUACAUAUUUAAUUAUACAAGAUUAUUUCCAUAGACUAAAAAUACUUAAUUAAAAAAGGCAAAACUGUUUUUAUAGUCUGUCUCAUGUUAUUAAAAUAUAAAAAUGGUCUAAAUUUUUUUUUCUACUCCUGAAAGUAGAGGGAACAACUGCACAUUUUAACCUCCUAAAAUGAAGAGUGAAAUAAGAGGCCUUUAAAAUAACGGGUAUAUUUGAUUACAUUUAGGGAGUUUGGGGGUGGAGGGAAAUAGAAUGUAGAACUUUCCAGUACAGUACAGGCCCUUCGGCCUUCUGUUGCACCGACCUGUGAAACCACUCUGAAGCCCUCUAACCUACACUAUUCCAUAUGUUUAUCCAAUUCCCAUUUAAAUGUCCUUAAAGCUGGCGAGUCUACUACUGUUGCAGACAGGGCAUUCCACACCCUUAUUACUGAGUAAAGAACCUACCUCUGACAUCUGUCCUAUAUUUAUCACAAUGUUUGAUAAUGGGUCACUUAAAGUCUUUUU